UUGGCUAGUAUAGACGUUUCUGCAGCUUAUUACGAGUCGAUAUGAAGCUUUCUGUAUUUGUAUUGGUAUGCCUUCAAAUAGUUACUACUCUAACUCUGUCGAACUCCACCACCUUGUACGGAUUUUUCGCAGUUGCUCCGCCAGCGCUAGCGGUUAAAUCGAGCACUCAGGCCGGGAAGACGGCUGUGCAAUCACGCUCCGCUUUGUAUGGUUGGAAGAAACGCAGAAGGAAACGAGAAAUAGCCGCGCUGAGCAAAACGACGGAUGCGUUAAGCAGAAUAGACUGCGCCAUCCUGUGCUUUCGCGAUCAUAAAUGCAAGACGUUUUCCUUCUCGGAGUCGCUGAGGAAUUGCAAACUAAUGGAAACGAAAGCGCUUACAUCAACUGAAGGAACCAAAGAAUAUGUAAAAGAAUCAGUUGUCACCACAGGCCUGAGUUACUGCGAAAAAGGUCAACUCAAAAUCGGGAAAUUUAACCUGGAUGGCACUGAUGACUUUCUUUGCUACAACGGCGAGAAAAAAUCAUUUACAGUCGCCACGACAAAGGUCAGCGCGGCAGGGUUAUGGCUGAAAAAUGAAACAACGAAUUUCAACUUGGAAUGUAGCACAAGUGAAAGCUAUUUCGUCACUCCUACGAUUGUUGCUCGAGAUUGUUCAGGUGAUGUCCUUUCCGACAUUAUCUGCUUGAAAAAUACCGCACCAGUUUCGGUCUCUAAGGCACGUUUAGAUGCCGAAUCGCACCUUCUUUCAUUCGAAAUCUUCAAGACUGGGUUCAGGCAAGAGUGGUGUCCGCCAACAAGUCGCCUUUAUGUGGAGGAUUUCAACGGAGACAAAAAAGCAGACAUUGUAUGUCACACUUAUGAACGGACCUGGAAAUUCUUCAACAUGGCCACGGAUGCGCCUAGUGACAUCAUGAGAUCCCCGACCACUGUUCUGAGAGGAUGCAACCCCAAGGAAAUUCCUUUUUUCGGCGACUUCAAUGGUGAUGGUAAGACUGACGUGCUUUGCCGCUUUACAGAGACCAAUAAGCUGCGGCUCUACCACGGGCUUGGCGGUGUGACUGGAACUCUCAGUUCAUAUUACGCUGAUGCAAACGACCCGUGUGCCGGGAUGAAUAUGUAUGUCGGAAAAUUCACUUCAACACCAACUGACGGACUGCUUUGUUACAAAAGAGAAACGUCAAGUUUUAAGCUGAUGAUCGGUUUUCUUGGUCAUUGGAUUGAUUUACGGUCAUUUCAACUUGACUUCUGCAUGGCUGACGAUGCUAAAAUGCAUGUUGGUUAUUUCUACGGAACAUCCAAGCAGGACGUAAUGUGCCACAGACCGAAUGGCAAGAUCGACAUACUUCAAAUUAUCUGAUAGACUUGGUUGAAUGAAUAGACAUGUGAUAACGCGAUAUAGAUGGCGCCCUGUUUAACUGCAUAGGAUAGCAUUAUGAAAUUCACCUAAAUUGCAUGAAAUAUGCAUUAAGUUGAUGGCGUCUUACCUUCUGCUAUCUGACCUUUAACGAUCGUUAGAUCUUGUAAGAUCUUACUUCGAUCUUGAAAAGCUUAAUCAAUUCUUACCGUCAGCCUUGUUAAAAAGCUGAUAUUGU